GGAAACUGCAAAGACACUGCAGCCACGGUGGAAACGCCAGGCCUGCAUUUGCGGAUCAAAGUGGAUUUCUGGACCAGAUUGUGUACUGGAACUUGGUUCCACGUCGCAUGUCUGACGCAUACUACAGGGAACGUCUGAGCGACAGUGUUUUUUCUGUAUGAAAGAGAGAGUGUCACUCCAAAAUGUGUCCAUUCUGAAAAUAUUUGCUUGAACUAUUCAGUAGUUAACAUGUAAAAACGUGUUACAAGUUAUUUUAUGAGAGAAAAGUGCAGCAUACUUAAAUGGUCGAUCCCUAAUAUUGUAGUGAACGCUUCUUAUUGCAUCUAAUGGGAGUCACUUCAUGUAACCUACAUAACAUUUGUCAAGAAAUGAUUCAGACUUAGUAAAUAUUUUAAUAAUUGAAACUGUUAAACAACUUCUCCAUAAUCAGAAUUUUCUGAUAUUCUUUAUAUAGCUGUGAUGUUGUCCUUCAGUCAUGAGGAAUUUGUAUGAAAAUAUAAUUGUAUUAAGAUUUUUCUUUGUAAUUAGCAGAAACAAUUUUCAAUAUCAAGAAUCACAGGUUGACUUUGUUCGUUUCAUUCUGGGUGUAACAGCAACACAUUUACCGUACGUGCACAAAUUAAUUUUAAAUGGGUGGCUUUGUAUGAGUUUAGCCAUGAUCACAGUUUGCUGGACUCUUUCCAGAAUAACAGGUCUAACUAUUAAAUCAACAGGUGUGAACAUUCAGUUUCGUUACCAUUCACCGCUGUUUGGCUUUGGAAUAAUGCAGAGUUAUCGUGCCAUGUAAGGAUGAGCAUUUGCGUGACGUGUGGCCAUCAGCUUGAUGAUCUGUCGGGACGUGGAUUUGACUUUAGAGAAUAACCUUUAACGGGUGCGUGGACAACAAGAAUGCAGAUGCUCGCAUAGCAGUGAAUGGAAGUCAAUUGAGUCAUAAGAUGUCAGUCGUUUUUACGUCUGACCUGUUUGAGAUUUGGCAAUCAGCAUUCAUAAGCAGAAGGUGAGAAUGAAAGUGAAUGCAGCAAAGAGAGCGAUCGCAGAACGACUACAGCAGGGAAAGUCACACAAUGUCCCGGCCAAUUCCCAUGCCAAGGAGACAGAUUUCCCAUCCGGACAAAACUGAGGAUGGCGAGCUGUUAAAAUGUAGCUCUGCUCCUCAGUCUCCCACCAAAUCUUCAAAGGUGAUAUCUGAACAAUCAGUUGAGGAUGACUUGAAAGCACAACCUCCUCUGCUACCUCGGAAACCUCCCAAAGAACUACCUGACAACAUAUACGAAAUCCCGCAGGAUGGCAGCAGUUUGAUGGAUUGGUGGAAGGAUGUGACACCCUGGAAGUCUCUCUGCAGAGACCUCAGACUUAGAGGGGAGAAGGAAACAAAGAUCAUCAAAGAUAAAGCUGAGCACCUCUAUAAAGCCAUCCAGGUUUAUAUCCUCCUGCUGUCUGAACAUGGUGGCUUCCUGUGGAAACAGACUGCUGAGCUGCUCUGCAUUGCUGACAACUUAGACAAGGUUUCAAAGGGUACAAAGAUUGCUGGCAUCACAGGAGGGGCUACAACUAUAGCGGGAGGCGUGGCAGCAGCUGCCGGGGUGAUUCUGUCUCCGCUCACACUGGGAGCCUCACUGGCCCUGACUGCCGUCGGCGUUGGCAUGGCUGCAGCCGGCGGCGUCACUGGUGCAUCAGCAGCCAUUGCCAACAAGGUGAAUGCCACUCAGGACAAGAAGAAAAUUGAAAAAACUUUCCAGGAGUAUGAGCGGGUCAUGGUGGACAUUCAGAACUGCUUGAAGUUCAUCAAUGAGGGCAUGGAGCAGCUAAAGCAGCAUGAUCUGUCUGUCCUAAGUGAAGCCAGGAAGAGUUCGGUGAGAGCAGCUAGGGUGGUGCAGCUGGCCACUACCGGAGGAGGAAGUGCCAAGGCCAUAGAGGCUAGCAGUAAGGCAUCUGGGCUGAUGCAAGGCUUCGCCCUCGGCAUGGAUAUCCACUUCACCCAAGGAAAGGAUGGUCAGAAGCUGAAGAAAGGUCACGAGUCGAAGCUGGCGAAGAAAAUACGCAGUCUAGCAGAUGAUCUCAACAAGGCUUUGGAUGAGCUCAUGCAAAUCAAAGACUUGUUCAGUAAGCAUUGUUCUGGGGAAUAAAUGUUUCCUAACUGGGCUUCUCUUGCCUGAUAUAAUUGUCAUGCUUUUAUAUUCGCAGCUAUUUUUUUCAGAUAUUUGCAUAUCUUUUAUAAUAAGGCUGUUAUUAUAUAAAAUUGUGGCAAUUGUGGUUAAAAAGUAAGUGUGUAGAAGGAUGUAGACAGGGAACAGUUCUGUAUUUAUAUUAUGUUUGUCAGCAUCCACUUAAAUGUCUUUGGUUUACUCUCAAAAAAUAUUUUUUAUUAUAAUAAUAAUAUGUAAUUAUUAAUUAAAAUGUAAGAGAUUACAGAGCAACACUUGUACACACACUGACUUUGACAAAAUCAUAUGACUGAGUAUAAAUGGAUAGGUUGCAGUUUUAGUAAAAAAAAAAAAAAAGCUUCUCUGCUGAUAAUUUUUUUGUUUUAUAUUCAUUGUGUAUUCUAUUUCAUCUUCAUUCAUUUUUUGAAAGACAUACAAUAUCUGCUGUAUAACCUGUUGCAGCUUCAGUCUGGACCUGGUAUCUGAGUUUACUCUGAUUUGACAUAAAUACUAUAAUAUGGGAUUUGUGCUAACUUCCUUUAAAAUUAUUUCUACAAUUCUUUUUAUCUGAAUAAUUUUCCAUUAAAUCUUUGUUUUAAAUGCAUUAUGUAAAGAGUUUUGUUGCCUAUGAAAUGCAUUACGCUAUUAAAAUUGCUUUGUUUUACCUGU